AUGACUGAAUCAUUAUUUGAUACAAAUUUCGCAUCAGAAAAUGAACCAAAACCACCAACUACAACUUCCAACGCCACUUCACAAAAUCCACAAACUAAUCAAUCAAAUAAUUUAAAUGGUAAACAUGAUCAAUCAUCAUCUAAUAACACCACCACAAACAAAUCAAAUUCACAAAUUAAAGAUUCAAAUAAAUCAGCGGAAGAUUCAAAUGGUUAUGAUCAAUCAACUUCAUUACCUUCAUUAAAUGAUAAAGCAAAUGUUGAUGCAUUAAUUAAUUAUAGAGUAUUAGUUUCAGCAAAAGAAGCUGGUUGUUUAAUUGGUCAAAAUGGUCAAGUUAUUGAUUCGAUUAGAGGUGAAACUAAUACAAAAGCUGGUAUUUCAAAAUUAACUCCAGGUACUCAUGAAAGAAUUUUAACAGUAAGUGGUAAAUUAGAUGACGCAGCAAAAGCAUUGAGUUAUUUUGCUCAAGCAUUAAUUGGAUCAUCUAUAGAAACUUAUAAUUAUUUUCCAUUAAAACAAUUAAGUUCAACUCCAUGUGUUCAAAAUGAAACAACAAUAUUAAGAUUAUUAGUACCAAAUAGUCAAAUGGGUACAUUAAUUGGAUCAAAAGGAGCAAGAAUUCAACAAAUUCAACAUAAUUUUGGAGUUUCAAUGAUUGCAUCAAAAUCAUUUUUACCAGGAUCAAAUGAAAGAUUAGUUGAAUUACAAGGUACAGUAAAUGAUUUAUAUGAUUCAUUAAGAGUUAUAUCAAGAUGUUUAAUUGAAGAUUUUUCAAGUAGUGUUGGAACAACUUAUUAUAUUCCAAGAAGUCAUCAAUUAACAAGAAAAACUACUGAAAAUAUAAGUUUCCCAAAUGAUAUGGUUGGUGCAUUAAUUGGUAAAAAUGGUUCAAGAAUUCAAGGUGUUAGAAAAGUUUCUGGUGCAAUGAUUGGUAUAAGUGAAGCAACUGAUGGUAAAGAAGAAAGAGUUUUCACUAUAACUGGUACUCAACAAGCUGUUGAAAAAGCAAAAGGUUUAUUAUAUCAUAAUUUAGAAAGAGAAGAACAAAGAAGAGCUGAAUUUAAUGAAUAA